AUGGAAAACUUAUAUGCCCUUAUGCUCUUUGGAAAUUGGAUCAUUCAGUACGACUUAGGUGCAACAGCACUAACUGCUUCAUUUGGUUCAAGUUCCGGUCAUUAUAGACAAGUCGUGGAUAUUCUUGAACAAGCAGGAUUUCACCGAAUACAAUAUAGUGUAUUCCGCGGUACAUCUCCAAAUUUAGCUCCUCAUAUAAUGGAUAUGACGAACUAUGUUCGUGGAGGUCUCCUACCUAAUAUUCCAUAA